CACCGACCUGUCAUGUCAGUGUGUUUAAUGACAUCUGAGCAGCAGGAGGGGCGGGGGAGGUUAAAGCCUAAAGACACUUCAACUCCAGCGAGAUCAGCCUUCAACUGUCUGUCCGGACAUCACAUCUCAGCUGUCGGGGGAAGUAUGGAGCUCGAAAACUUUCGAAAUUUGAGGGAGAGAUGCACCUUGAGGCGGGACAUCAUCAGAGAGUUUCUGGCGGAAUUGCUAGGGACAUUCGUACUAAUACUCUUCGGUUGUGGUUCAGUGGCCCAGACUAUUCUUAGCAGAGAAAAACAAGGAGAAAAUCUCACCAUCCACUUUGGCUUUACUCUAGGGGUGAUGCUAGCCGUGUACAUGGCAGGAGGCGUGUCAGGUGGACAUGUGAACCCAGCCGUUUCUCUGGCUAUGGUCGUCUUGGGGAAACUCCCAUUAAAGAAAUUUCCUGUCUAUGUGGCAGCCCAAUUUCUAGGUGCCUUUGCAGGGUCUUGUGCUGUCUUCUGUCUGUACUAUGGUGCCUUUGCAAAUUUUGCUGAUGGAAAACAAAUUGUAGUUGGUGAAAAUGCCACAGCAGGUAUCUUUGCCUCAUAUCCACGUGAAGAUCUCUCAUUGUUAAAUGGAUUCAUUGAUCAGGUGAUUGGCACAGGUGCCCUGGUCCUCUGUAUUUUAGCCAUUGUUGAUAAGAAGAAUAUUGGGGCACCUAAAGGAAUGGAGCCACUGGUUAUUGGUCUGAGCAUCCUGGCUAUCGGUGUGUCCAUGGCGCUGAACUGUGGCUAUCCCAUCAACCCUGCCAGAGACUUGGGACCUCGGCUCUUCACUGCUAUGGCAGGAUGGGGACUAGAGGUGUUCAGGGCUGGAAAUGGCUGGUGGUGGGUUCCAGUGGUCGGGCCGAUGGUGGGCGGUGUGGCCGGGGCAGUGAUCUACUUCCUGAUGAUUGAGCUGCAUCACCCUGAGCUUGAGAAAAACCUUGAAGAUGACAACAGCAUCAAAGAUAAAUAUGAACUGAACACCGUGAAUUAGAAAGAGAGGGAAAGUAUAGUAUCUUUUCCUUCACCAUAGACCUCAAACAAGAAGCACUGUUAUUUCUACAUACUCUCCUUCUCUGAUUUUUCCUCUAGAUCUCUUUUCUGAGUCUUUUGCCAAGUCAGUUCAUGAAACCAAGCAGCUAUGAAAGACAGCAAGUGUUAACUAGAUAGUAAAGUUCGUAGAAUGUUGAGUCUGUUUUGCACAAAAGGAGAUCAUUUGAAGAAUGUUGGUAACCGAACAGUUGACGGUAGCCAUUGACUUCCAUAAUAUUUUUAUUAUUUACCAAUAUUGUUCAAAACUUCUUUUGUGCUCAACAGAAGAAAGAAACUCAUACAAAAGACAGAAUUUUCAUUUGUGUGUGAACUAUCCCUAGGGGGAGAUAAAAUAAACAGUUCUGACUGCGCUGAUCUGCACAACUAUAUCUGACCUGAUUUAAUCAUUAUCACUGUCUGACCAUCAACAUCAGCUCACUGAGUCCACUGAGUUUAUGCAUACAUACGCCCUCCGUUUCUGCUAACUAGACUGUAGUAUGUUCAUCAGCCAACCAUUCCAUGAAACAACACAACUGCAACAUGCUGCAUGGGUUCAAAUAUAUAAAGUUGAUUAGAAUUUAGAAAUUUAUCAGCAGCAUUAUCUUAAAGAAGAAUUAAGAUUUACAUUUUAAUGUGGGAAUCAGAAACAUUUUUAACAGAAAUUAAAAGAGACUAGAAUUUCAAUCUUUAAUGACAUCUAUCAAGGCUGAAAUGACAAGAGGUUUCUGGUUUCCAUGUUUCAUUGAUAUAUUCCAUAGAUGUAAUGAUUUUUAGACUGUAUGAACUAUAUUUUCAACCCCUUUACCCUAACCCUACCCCUCACACAAAACUUUCUGCCUUUUUAGAUUUUCAAAAAACUUCAUUCUGUAUGAUUUAUAAGUUGUUUAAAAAAUGUCCCCACAAGGUCAAGAUGGUAUGGUAUUAGUAUACUUGUGGUGAUUUAGUCCCUAUAAUGUAGAGAACACCACAAUACCCAUAAUGCAGGACCACAUACAAACACAGGCGCAGAUCUAUCUAUCUAUCUAUCUAUCUAUCUAUCUAUCUAUCUAUCUAUCUAUCUAUCUAUCUAUCUAUCUAUCUAUCUAUCUAUCUAUCUAUCUAUCUAUCUAAGGUGUUGCUAUGCUGUUGCUAGGGUACCCAGAGAGGUUGCUAGGGUGUUGCCUUGUGGUUGCUAGGGUACUCAGCGUGGUUGCCAUUGUGUUACAAGCAUGUUGUUAGCAUGAUUAGCAAGUUACAAGCUUGUCUCUAGAAUGAUUAGCAUGUUGGUAGCAUAAUUAACAAGUUAUUAGCAUGUUGUUAGCACAUUUUCUAGCAUGCUAGCAAAUAACUAGCAUGUUGUUAGCAUGAUUAGCAAAUUACUAGCAUGUUGUUAGCAUGUUUCUAUGCUAUCCAGCUAAAACCAGUUGAUUCAGUAAAAAAACAACUAAGACCAAACUGACCUGCUAAAAAAGUGGUCAAGACCACUUUAAAACCAGCUUGGGAGACCAGCCCAAGCAGUCAAUCAGUUUAGGCUGGUUUUAGCUGUUUUCAGCCCCUCGAUGAAAGUCUAUAGGAUUUUAGGUGGCUUUGAUGGUCUGUUUUACAAAAACCGUAAGCUGGAUACUUUAGAAAAGAGUUUGUUGGUUGUAGCUUUAAAAGUCUAGGAGGAGAUACACUUUAAAAUUUGGUCUCAGAAGAAGAAGAAGAAGAAGAAGAAGUUUAAACAGGAUUUCAGUAACUUAAUUAUCUAUAAUUCUAGCGUUUUCAAGUUCUUCAAGUAGUAGUUUACUUCCAGAACAAAAAAAUUACAGAUAAUAUACUCACCCCCAUGUCAUCCAAGAUUUUCGUGUCUUUCUUUCUUCAGUCGUAAAGAAAUUGUUUUUUGAGAAAAACAUUUCAGGAUUUCUCUCCAUAUAAUGGACUUCUAUGGUGCCCCCGAGUUUGAACUUCCAAAAUGGCGUUUAAAUGCAGCUUCAAAGGGCUCUAAACGAUCCCAGCUGAGAAAGAAGGGUCUUAUCUAGUGAAAUUAUUGCUUAUUAAAAAAAUAAAUAAAAAUAGACAAUUUAUAUACUUUUUAACCUCAAACACUCUUGUCUAUCCUUGCGUUAACUCUGUUUUUUUCUGGUUAAAGACAGUUAGGGUAUGUCGAAAAACUCCCAUCUCAUUUUCUCCUCCAACUUCAAAAUUGUCCUACAUCGCUGCAGAAGGACUGACCCAGUGUUUACAAAGUGAGCAUGCAAAGAAGAUCAAACGCCCUUUACAAAAAAAAAAAAAAAAAAAAAAACAAAACGGUAUAACAGCGAUGUAGGAGGAUUUUGAAGUUGGAGGAGAAAAUGAAAUGGGAAUUUUUAGACCUACCCUAACUGUCUUGAACUGGAAAAAACAGUUCACGAGCUAGACAAGACGAGCGUUUGUGGUUAAAAAGUAUAUGAAUUGUAAAUUUUUUUUUUAAAUAACCAAUCAUUACACUAGAUAAGUCCUUUCUUCCUUGGCUGGGAUCGUUUAGAGCCAUCUGAAGCUGCAUUUAAACUGCAUUUUGGAAGUUCAACUCGGGGGCACCAGAAGUCCAUUAUACGGAGAGAAAUCCUGAAAUAUUUUGCUCAAAAAACAUAAUUUCUCUACGACUGAAGAAAGAAAGACAUGAACAUCUUAGAUGACAAGGGGGUGAGUACAUUAUCUGCACAUUUUUGUUCUGGAAGUGAACUACUCCUUUAACAAGUUUAACUUUUUCAAAGAUCACAAUUCAUUCUAUCUAUUUUAUGUAAAGCAUCCACAGUUUAGGAGUAUUUAUCAUCAACACCACUGCCAGUAAAAGGUUACAGGUGCUAACAGAUCCUCCAUAUAAACAACUCUGGAAUGUAUAUGGAGAUAAUCAUAAUUUUCAACUGGUUUCUCAGGUUUCCUUUAGUGUUUCUUAAGAUAUAGUCAAUGCAGGUUGUCUAGCCUCAGCCAGAGAGAGUUAAACCACUCCAGCAUUGCACCUAUAUUUUUCUUUCAUUCGUCUAAUCCUACUACUUCUUUUUAUCAUGUUAACUUUCACAGACAUCUGACAACCCUAUAGCUUGCCAUAAGCAGAUGUUCUUCUCUCACUAAAAUGAGGGGAAGGGGUCAUUUACUGUCCACUCUAUUUAAUCAAAGAUAAACAGGCCUCCUUGCCUGUAACCGGUUAAGUUAGGACGAAUCAAUACAACACAUGAAUAGAUGAGCUACUAACUACAUGCAUAACUGCUGAUAAGGUAGGGCUGCACAAUUAAUUGAAUUUCUAAUUGUGAUUACAAUUAUGGAUGCCACAAUUACGUAAUCGUUCAAAGCGGCAAUUAAUUGUUUAAAGUCCACUUAUGUUAUUCUGUGUGUUUAGGAUGUGUUUUAUUCUUUCUACAGGUUAUCUUAAGGGUUUUUCCAUUGUUUUAAUUUCAGUUUUAGCAAAAAUGAAUUUGCAACGAACUAUUACAUGAAAUCUCAAGAAGAAAUAAAUGUGUAUUUAUGCUAUACAAUGUGUCAAAAUGUUCAAGAAAAUAAUUGCAUCACAACUUAUAGUAACAGUAUUGUGUAUAACAUCACAUUUCAGACUUAGCAAAGCUUAAUGUGAUGUUUUUUAGGUAUUUCAUAACUGUUGUUUGUGAAAUAAAAUUGUUUAAUAUGUGUAUUUUCCUAUUUUUAAGAACAUUAUUAUAGUAAUUUAUUUACUGGCACUUAAAUGAAAUAAUAUCAGUUGUUUGUACACUUCAAAGAGAUAUUUCAAUAUCUUUGUCUUUUUAUCCUGUUAUUUCAGGUUCAGAUUUUUUUACUUAUUCUCUCAUUAAUGAAACUUUUUGAGAUUAAAUUACUGCAUUCAAAAUGUUGAAGAUAGUAUUGUCAUUCUGCUAAUGUAGACCUAAUAUAAUAAAAUAAACACACUGUUAUACAUA